CACUUGCUCACGCAUACGUCUCCAACAUCAUGUCUUCUAAAGGGAAAGCAUCCGCAUCCGCCACAGCACAGCAAACGCCAUUCAGCUCAUCCGACUCGUCGUCGUCGACACCAGUGCGCUCAACCUCCCCAGCCGUGUCUACGUCGACCCUUGUUAAGCUCGCCUUCUUCACCGUAGCCAUGAUUUUUUUUCCUAUAGGAACUUACUUUAUCAGUGUGGACCGGUACUUUGAUGGCAACACGACGUAUGCUGGUAUCAGUGCUGCAGUGAUGGCCAAUGUGGUCCUUUUUGCAUAUGUAGUCGCCGCUGUUUUGGAAGAUUCUCAAAGCUCUCGACCCCCGAUUAACGUUAAAAAACAGCAAUAAAACUUUUUUUUUU